AUGGCUUCAGCUCGUCUCUCUCUCCGCUAUGUUCGCCGAUUUACAACAGCCGCCGGAGAUGCGACGACCACCAUAGAGUCUGCUGCUGCCGCUGCUCCGUUUCCAGGAAAGAUCUCCGUCUCCAAAGCUAAGAGCACUCUCCGGAAAGAACACGAUCCUGACAAAGCUCUUGAGAUCUACUCCAACGUCUCCGAUCACUCCGCUUCGCCUGUUUCCUCUCGCUACGCCCAGGAGCUCACUGUCCGCCGCCUCGCCAAGUGUAACCGUUUCUCCGACAUCGAGACCCUAAUCGAAUCCCAGAAAAACGACCCCAAAAUCAAGGAGGAAACUUUCUACUCCAUGCUUAUCAGAUCUUACGGCCGAGCCUCCAUGUUCGAUCACGCCGUGAGCACAUUCGAGCAGAUGGAUAAGUACGGCACACCCAGAUCGUCCGUUUCCUUCAACGCCUUGCUCACCGCUUGCCUCCAUUCCAAAAAGUUCGACAAAGUGCCCCAACUGUUCGACGAAAUUCCUCAGAGGUACAAUCACAUCACUCCUGACAAAAUCUCUUACGGUAUAUUGAUUAAGUCCUACUGUGACUCUGGUUCGCCGGAGAAAGCCAUUGAGAUUAUGAGACAGAUGGAAAAGAAACGCAUUGAGUUCACCACCAUUGCCUUCACCACCAUUUUGGGUUCCUUGUAUAAGAAGGGUGAAGUCAAAGUAGCGGAGAGCUUGUGGAAGGAGAUGGUGAAGAAAGGCUGUGACUUGGAUAACGCAGCAUUCAAUGUUCGUCUAAUGAAUGCUCAAAAGGAGAGCCCUGAGAGAGUUAGUGAGCUGAUUGACGAAAUGAUCAGUGCUGGAUUGAAGCCUGAUACGAUUAGCUAUAACUAUCUGAUCACUGCGUAUUGCGAGAAAGGAAUGUUGGAUGAAGCUAAGAAGGUGUUUAGAGGGUUUGAAGCAAACAAAUGUGCUCCCAAUGCAGCUACGUUCAGGACGUUGAUAUUUCACCUGUGUUACUGCGGAUUGUAUGAGCAAGGCUACGCCAUGUUCAAGAAGAGCGUGCGUAUGAACAAGAUUCCGGAUUUCAAUACUUUGAAGCAUUUGGCUGUUGGAUUGGUGAAGAACAAGAAGAUUGAUGACGCCAAGGGGUUGGUUAGGACAAUGAAGAAGAAGUUCCCUCCGAGUUUCUUGAAUGCGUGGAAGAAACUCGAGGAGGAACUCGAGCUGUGUUCGAAAACCGAUGCUUCUUCAUCUUCUGCAAAAGGAGUAGAGACUGCUGCUUAA